ACUAUUCUAUAUCAUUAUUGAAACUUUGAAGCAUCGAUGCUCCUGGUAUGCGCUCUCUGAAUGAACAUUUCUCCUUUUCAGAUUGUUGAGGAAGUAAGUUUUGCUGCUAAUAGCAUAACAGCCACAGGAAUAAAAGCCUUUGACAGAGUUCUUCAAGCUAAUAUGGUAUUGAAAACCCUUAAUCUUUCAGGAAAUCCCAUUGGAGAUGAAGGAGUGAAGUGCCUAUGUGAUAUUUUGGUAAACAAUGGUAGCAUUCAAAAGCUCCAGCUAAACAUUGUUGACUUAGGGGAUGAGGGUGCAAAGGCAAUUGCAGAAUUUUUUAAGAAAAAAUCAAACUUAUGUGUUCUUGAACCUAAUAACAACAUGAUUGACUAUUCUGGAUUUACAAGUUUAGCAGGAGCACUUCUUGAGAAUAACACUAUUCGGAAUUUUCACCUAAAUGGAAAUUAUAGAGGUGCUCUGGGGGCUAACGCAUUGGCCAAAGGGCUCGAGGGGAACAAGUCCUUGCGGGUAAAUUUCUUAUUUACUUCUGCUUUUGUUUGUUCUGACCUACAUGAUGAAAGUCCAGUGGUUUUGACACCCUUAGUGUUACAUCUGGUGCUUAAGAAUUCAGUUAGUGAUGAGGGAGUUCGCGCUUUGAUGCUGGGUUUAUCUUCACAUAGAGGAAAAAAUACCCUCCUGGACUUUGGGAACAACUCAAUAACUGCAAAAGGUGCUUUUCAUGUUGCGGAAUAUAUAAAAAGGAGCAAGAACUUGCUGUGGGUGAACCUUUACAUGAAUGACAUUGGUGAUGAGGGUGCAGAAAAAAUUGCUGAAGCUUUGAAAGAAAACCAGACGGUAACAACCAUAGACUUGGGUGGAAAUAAUAUUCGAGCCAAGGGAGUUGGUGUGAUAGCUGAAGCCUUAAAAGAUAAUGCUGUCAUUACAAAUUUGGAACUUGGUUACAAUCCCAUUGGAACAGAUGGAGCAAAGGCUUUGUCUGAAGUUCUUAAAUUCAAUGGAAAUGUAAAAACACUUAAGCUUGGUUGGUGUCAGAUAGGACCAAAGGGUGAAGAGUUCAUUGCAGAUAUGCUGAGAUAAAAUACCAUAUCAAUUCUGGACUUGCGAGCAAAUGGACUUAGAGAUGAAGGCGCAGCCUGCCUGGCUCGCAGCAUGACAGUGGUUAAUGAAGCUUUAACUUCACUUGACUUGGGAUUCAACGAGAUUAGGGAUGAUGGUGCUUUUGCUAUUGCUCAAGCACUCAAGGCCAAUGAAGAUGUCACAGUAACAUCGCUCAACCUUGCGAGUAACUUCCUUACAAAGUUUGGUCCUAGACAGUGUAAUUUACAAGCUUUACUCCAUUGGCCCAUUGCGUCUGUAUAAUUGAUGAAUAAAGCG